CGACUGGCCGUAGGUUUCCCUGCACUCUGCACAACUUCACCAAUCUUUUUACGGCGCUGUCCAACUGACGACACCGAGAAGGCGUUUAUCCACUCAUUCAAAUAGCCAUUUACGAGAUCAAUUGACCACUAUGCCAGCAACGAACGGCACGAGUGGAGCAACUGCUGCCUCGUCACGGCCAAAUCGGUUUUUUGAAGAUUUCGGCGUUUGGAAGGAUGCGCCAGUGCUGAUUGGGACCACAAAGUACGAGCCGUUGCCAGAUGUAAAGAAUAUUAUGAUCACAGGUGGUGCUGGCUUCAUCGCUUGCUGGCUUGUACGACAUUUGACACUGACAUACCCUAACGCAUACAAUAUCGUAUCCUUCGACAAACUCGACUACUGCUCCUCUCUGAAUAACACUCGGGUCCUGAACGAUAAACGAAACUUUUCAUUCUACCAUGGCGACAUCACGAACCCGUCAGAAGUUAUGGAUUGUCUAGAACGACACAAGAUUGAUACAAUUUUCCACUUCGCCGCGCAGUCUCACGUCGACCUGAGCUUCGGAAACUCGUAUGCUUUCACACACACAAACGUAUAUGGCACACAUGUUCUGCUGGAGAGUGCCAAGAAGGUUGGCAUCAAAAAGUUCAUCCAUAUUUCAACAGAUGAGGUUUACGGAGAAGUUCGAGACGAUGCGGAUGACUUGCUGGAGACCAGCAUUCUAGCACCCACGAAUCCCUACGCAGCAAGCAAGGCGGCAGCUGAGAUGCUCGUCCAUUCCUACCAGAAGAGUUUCAAACUUCCUGUGAUCAUUGUACGCAGCAACAAUGUCUACGGCCCGCACCAGUAUCCCGAGAAAAUUAUUCCCAAAUUUAGCUUGCUUCUCCAUCGGCGACAGCCAGUUGUCCUGCACGGUGAUGGAACUCCCACGAGGAGAUACCUCUUUGCUGGUGACGCAGCCGAUGCGUUCGACACAAUUCUACACAAGGGCACAAUGGAUCAAAUUUACAAUGUUGGAUCCUACGACGAGAUUUCCAACUUGACAUUGUGCUCGAAGCUUCUAACAUACUUGAAUAUCCCGCAUGAUACCCAAGAACAACUUCAUAAAUGGGUGAAGCACACAAUUGACCGACCGUUCAACGACCAUCGAUACGCCGUUGACGGAACGAAGUUGCGACAGCUGGGCUGGGAGCAGAAGACUAGUUUCUCGGAAGGAAUGGCCAUCACAGUUGAUUGGUAUAAGAGAUUCGGCGAGUCAUGGUGGGGCGAUAUCACCAAGGUUUUGACGCCAUUCCCUACUGUAGCUGGAACGGAUGUGAUUGCUAGCGAGGAGCCGAUUGAGGAUAUCCACGAAAGCAUGCUUAUCGACAGUGAUGAUCAGAUGACAUUAGCCAAGAAGAGAAAGAUUGACGAGACCAGUUCAGGACCACAAGCAGUGAAGGCAUAGGGGUUUGAAAUAGACGGCUACACGUGACGGAGUAUGCAGUCAUGCAAUACGUCGCUGCGAGCAGAGACGGAACGAAACAUUGUUAUUGCAUCUCCUUUUCAUGUACUCAUAAAAUUUCCCUUUUGGAUGGCGUUGGAUAGUAACGAGUCCUGGCUUGGCUAGGCCCGGGAUUGAAGUGAGUUAUGGUAGCAUCUAGAGAAUGUGAAAAGCUGCAGCCGCACACGAGUGACAGGGGCAAUACAAAGGGAAACCCAAGACCUUCUGCAGCCACUUUCCGAG